AAACUUCCUGUCCUGUGUCAGGUCAAAAUGCUCGCGCUCAGAGGGUUUCAGAGGCUAAAAUCGGUUUUAUCUCCGCGUGGAAGCUCAGGUUUUAGAAAAAUCUCUGCAGCUUCAGCUGAAGGCCAGCAGGAAGAAAACACGUUCGUGAAGAUGGAGAAUCCGUACAAAGAGCCGGACGGAGGAUGUCUCCUCUGCAGCGUCACCGUCGACUACAAGAACACUCAGCUGCUGUCUCAGUUCGUGUCGCCUCACACCGGCAGGAUUUACGGCCGUCACAUCACAGGUUUGUGUGGACGGAAACAAAAAGAAAUCUCUAAAGCCAUAAAGAAAGCUCACUCUAUGGGUUUCAUGUCGGUGACGCACAAACAUCCGCAGUUCAUGAAGGAUCCCAAAGUUUUCCCGAUCAAACGUCGAGAUUAAAAAUUCAGUUUGUUUUCUGUUUUUGUUUGUUUAUUAAAGUCGUCCAGCUGAA